ACGGCAGCACUAUAUAUUUUCUCCUCCUUGCGACGUGGCCCGUCUCGCAUUCUCCCAAACCCUAACGAGGUCCGAGUGGGCGGCGACGAUGACUUUCAAGCGCAGGAAUGGUGGACGCAACAAGCAUGGCCGCGGCCACGUUAACUUCAUCCGCUGCUCCAACUGCGGCAAGUGCUGCCCCAAGGACAAGGCCAUCAAGAGGUUUCUUGUGAGGAAUAUAGUGGAGCAGGCUGCCGUGAGGGAUGUGCAGGAGGCCUGUGCCUAUGAUGGGUACACUCUGCCAAAGCUAUAUAUCAAGAUGCAGUACUGUGUCUCUUGUGCAAUCCACUCCAAGGUUGUGAGGGUGAGGUCUCGCACUGACAGGAGAAACCGUGAGCCACCACAGCGCUUCAGACGCCGGGAUGAUCUGCCGAGGCCUGGGCAAGGACCUCGUCCGGCCGGAGCUGGAAAUCCACCUCGGCCAUGAUGCAAGAAUUAUCUUUUGCGACAUUAUAGUAGUUUUUCUUUUAGACUAGAUCCUACGACUAGUAUCAAGUACCAAGUGACUUGUUUAUGGGAAAUCAAUUAGAACCUUAAUUUGUAGUAAUGGUUUCAUUUUCUUGUUUCGAAUAGAAAUAUGUUAUUGGCAAACUAGUUAUUAAUGAUGUUAUCCAAGUAUGUGCUUUUGCCAGCACUCUUUUCAA